AUUUUCUGUCGAUCAGAACGAAAAAGUUAUUGAAUUAAUCAAAAAUUAAGAAUAUUAAAUAGCAUCAAGCUUGAUAACUCAUUAUGGAUCCAUUCACCAUUUUACCUUAUGAGCUACAAGAAGAAAUUUGUUCGUAUUUAAAAUUUCCAGACAUCAUCGAAUCAUCUUUUGUCUGCAAGAGCUGGUAUCAAGUCAUUGGAGAAUCAAAAUACUGCAUGAAUCGAAUCUUCUUUAGAAAUCCACUUCAAGGGCUUUUGGAACAGAUUGAUUAUAUUUUAAAGAGUCGUCGUCAUUAUCAGCAUGUGAUUCUAUUCGAAUUUGAUGAGAACGUUAAAAAGGAUACAAAGAUUUUACGGAAUAUGAAAUCAAUCAUCAACAAGUUCUCCGAAUCUCUCACAAAUCUUUCUAUAUCACAUGACUUACAACGUACAUCUGAGCUUCCAAAAUUGAGGGAACUAGAUUUUUUCGGUAGCCUCUCGCACAGAUUAAUUGUUGCAAAUGGUUUGAUCACUAAAGCAAAUAACCUGAUUAAUUUUGAUAUUGAGAGUUGUUGCCUUGGAAAUUCAUCAAUUGAAUAUUUGGUCAACAGCCUUAAAGACAAUUCUAGCUUAAAAGAUUUGAAGAUUAAUGAUUGCCGAGUGAUGAAUGCUCUCAAUACAGUUGAAGUUAAAUUUGUGCUCGAAGAAUUUCAUGUUCACCAAACCAACAGUUUUGAAAGAAACUCCAACAUUAGCAACUUCAUCAACAAAUUUAAGCCAUCACUCAAAACUAUUUGUGGACCGCUUACAUUCCAAGAUAUUGCAAAUUUGAUGACAGACUUUCCAAAAUUACUAAUGUUGUCGGUACGGAAUGAGUUGCUGAGUUUUCUAAGUCCUGGACAGGAAUUUCUGGAAAUGCAAAUAAAUGAGACGAUUAAAGUUUUGUCAAUUGAUCCUGCAUUUGGAGAUCUCAUGGAUGAUAGAUUUUACACGAAUUUCAAUGCAAUCAUUUCAAAACUUGGGAAUGUUCAGUUGUUGCUGAUAACGUUCAUUAACACAAGGAUUUUAGACAUAAUCCUUGCCUGCAGAUCAUUAAAAUAUAUCAAAUAUUUUCAUCUUGAAGAUAUGUCAAUAAUCCAAUUACUAAGAAUAGGAGUAGAUUCACAUAAAAUUUUUAUUCCUAUAAUUCCCUUUUGGCUGAAUGAGCCAUAAGACCUGA